AUGUCAUCCAAAUCCUCUGCUCCCACACUGCAAGUUUCAGAACUCUGCAAGGUAGCUCCGGCUACCGACUCGUCGGAAUCCGCCACACAAUUCACCCUCCCGCUAACCUACCUCGACACCACUUGGUUCAGAUUCCCACCAGUCGAGUUGAUCUACUUGUACAAACCCACCGCUUCCUCGAUCCCCAUCCAUUCCUUCUACUCCCUACUUCUCUCCAAACUCAAGCGGUCUCUCUCCCUAACACUCGCCCAAUUCCUCACCCUCGCCGGCCAACUCCAAUGGUCGCCCCCAAUCACCCACCCCUGUCGUAAUCUACAGUCCAGAAGAUGGAGUCUCCAUCACGGUGGCCGAAUCAACAACCGAUUUGGAUCGAUUGACCGAGCACGCAAAUCGUGA